AUGUCGCAGGUAGCUGGUAAUCCUCAUGUACCGCGGAAAUACAUCCUUGAGAAGCCGCAACUCGUCGAAACGUUUCACUCGUCGCCGUCGUUUGCCAAGAUUGUGUCUUACGUGCAAUGCUGCGCGGAGGCGGUCGAGGAGAUGUCUCGAAGUGCCUGGCUUCAGCAGCGCCGCGAAGAGAAACAUCCAACAAUUGUCUUCUUCACGGAUGUCUUCUUCCCACACCUCCGUUCUAUCGUGGCAAGCAUACCGCUGGAAGAUAUGAAGCAGCAGCGGUUUGGUAAUAGGUCUUUCCGGGUGUUUCAUAGCCGGCUCGAGGAGAAUAUUUUUGACUUGAUGCGGGGGUUGGUUGCUACGCUCAAUCGCGGAUUGGGAGAUACAACUGAACGACAAAAUCGAGACAUUAGUGCAGGUGAGGUUUUGAAAGAAGCGAGAGCGAAUGAAAAUGGAGAUGAUCCUUUGGUGUUGGAGCUUGCUGAAUACAUGAAGGAUGCAUUCGGUAACAGUGUGCGCAUUGACUACGGCACGGGGCAUGAACUACAUUUCUUCAUUGUCAUGCUUAUCUGCAUGCAGGAGUGCGGAGACAAUGGCGCACCGUUGCAAUCCGACGUACCUGUGGUUGUUCCUCACAAAGUUCAGCGACCACCACCACCUCCUGUGGAGCAAAGGGAUGCACUGCUACAGCUACGCCGCGCAAUGGUCUUCGACGUCUUCAGUGCGUAUCUUUCCUUCAUGCGCCACCUCCAACAUCACUACAAGCUGGAGCCAGCGGGUUCUCAUGGCGUGUGGGGGUUGGACGACUAUCACCAUCUGCCUUUUGUAUUUGGUGCUUCGCAGCUUAUAAAUAAGGAGGUGCCAACUGCAACCCCAGAGACUACGACAAAUGCCAACAACAAUGCUGAAAAUGGUAGUGAAAAUAGCAACGGCAACGCGAAUCACGAGUUGAUAUUACCGAAGCACGUCUGCGAAGCAGACAUCGUGAGAAGACACGCAGAGGAAUAUUUGUACUUUGCCCAGGUGUUGUGGGUGAUUGAGAAUAAAUCUGGCCCCUUCUUUGAGCACAGCAGUAUGCUCUAUAAUAUCAGCGGGGUGGAUUCAUGGAAGAAAACGUACACAGGUAUGGUUAAAAUGUAUGCCGCGGAAGUGUUAUUGAAGUUCAACGUUGUACAGCACCUCCUCUUUGGUGAGCACCUCCCAUGGCCUGAGCAACAGUAG